CCUGGAGCUUCCGACCCCAUAACAGUUGCCACCACUGUUCACCAAGUCCCAUUCAAUCCCACAACAGAGGAUUCGUGCUCAGUGAAAUAAGCCAAACCAUUUGGAAUAUGGGGAGAGUGGGGUUUUCUCUUGUUUCUUAUGGGAAAAAAUACUGCUCUUCAACAUAAAAAUGUGGUGUGCCUCCUUAUCUUCAGGAACAUGACCUCUAACUGUUGACAAAACUAAGCACAAAGAAAGUAAAGUCACACAUUUCCUUACUUCAAAGAUUGUGUUCAGGCAGCGACGUGAGUGUCAACAAAGUGUCACCAGGAACUGAGCCAUAUGAGAAUACUGAGUGCUUGUGAGACAAUUCCAAGAAAACAAGACAAGAGUCUGUGACCUCACUUUCCUCAGAACACAGAAUUGUUCUUGGAAUGUGUUCUCAUGCUCCUCCCAGGUGUAGCAGACAUCUCAACUGAAAAGAACUGGAAUUUGUGAAACUAGAUGUGCUAACUCACUGAUCUGGAGGCUGCUAUGGUAUCAGGGUAGGAGCACCGGGGUUGCAGUUUCACUUGCGGCUUUUCUUUCUCUCCUUUGUCUGCUGCAUCACUCAUUUUGUUAAGCAUGAAUACUCUUUAAAAUUAAAAAAAAAAAUACCUAAGUUUUAUGCACAUUCUUCAGAUCUAAGACUUACAGAACUGAUGAGAUGGCUCAGUAGAAAAAGGAUCUGCUCACCAAGCCCAAUGACCUGAAUGUGACACUGGGGACCUACUUACAUGCCAGAUUAGAAGCUCAGUGUAUCUUCAGGACCAAGAACUCAAUGAAGCUGGCUUUUCAAAAAAGAAAUUAUUUUUUAAGGCUAUUAAAGACCAUGAAGUGGGCAUUCAAGGGACUGGAGUUAAAAGUGGAUCUGAAAGUCAAGGCCCAAUGCUAUUCAGGAGGUGGAGGCAGGAGGACCAGAGGUCAACUCUAGCUUGCACUUCAUGAGAAGACCGAGACCAGUGUCAACUACACAGAGCAAUGUUCAUUGGGUACAAAAACAUCUAUUCAUAUUUGUUAACAUUGAAAUGAAGAUUCCAGGUAGCCCCAUUGGAGAGCCCUGUGGAAGGACAUGCUUGGAAGAGAGAGAUAAUCAGUGGUUGGGGGUAACACUUUCCAGACAGCCAGGUGAAAACGGAUCUAUUGUGACUUGUGGGCAUAGGUGGAAAAAUAUAUUUUACAUGAAGAAUGAUAAUAAGCUCCCCAUUGGUAUUUGCUACGGGAUGCCUCCCGAUUUGCGAACAGAACUGAGUAAAAGGAUAGCCCCAUGUUAUCAAGAUUUUGUGAGAAAAUUUGGAGAAAAAUUUGCAUCAUGUCAAGCUGGAAUAUCUAGUUUUUACACACAGGAUUUAAUUGUGAUGGGGGCUCCAGGAUCAUCUUACUGGACUGGUUCUGUCUUUGUCUACAAUAUAACUACGAACAUAUAUAAGGCGUUUGUAGACAGAAAAAAUCAAGUAAAAUUUGGAAGUUACUUAGGCUACUCAGUUGGGGCUGGUCAUUUUCGAAGUCUACAUACUACUGAAAUCGUGGGAGGAGCCCCUCAACAUGAACAGAUAGGAAAAGCAUAUAUAUUCAGCAUCGAUGAAAGGGAACUGACCAUCGUACAUGAAAUGAAAGGUAAAAAGCUUGGCUCGUACUUUGGAGCUUCUAUCUGUGCGGUGGACCUCAAUGCAGAUGGCUUCUCCGAUCUCCUUGUGGGGGCUCCCAUGCAGAGCACCAUCAGAGAGGAAGGGAGAGUAUUCGUGUACAUCAACUCUGGCCUGGGAGCUGUAAUGGAUGAAAUGGAAUCAGCACUCAUCGGAGGUGACAAAUAUGCCGCAAGAUUUGGGGAAUCCAUAGCAAGUCUUGGUGACAUUGAUAAUGAUGGCUUUGAAGAUGUUGCUAUUGGUGCACCACAGGAAGAUGAUUUGCGAGGUGCUAUCUACAUUUACAAUGGCCGAGCAGAUGGGAUCUCAUCCACCUACUCACAGCGAAUUGAAGGACUUCAAAUCAGUGAAUCACUAAGGAUGUUUGGACAAUCUAUCUCAGGACAAAUUGAUGCAGAUAACAAUGGAUAUGUUGAUGUAGCAGUUGGUGCUUUUCGGUCUGAUUCUGCAGUGUUGCUAAGGACAAGGCCUGUAGUGAUUGUUGAAGCAUCUUUAAGCCAUCCUGAGUCAGUAAAUAGAACGAAGUUGGACUGCACUGAGAAUGGACUUCCCUCUGUGUGCAUGGAUCUAACACUCUGUUUCUCAUAUAAGGGCAAAGAGGUCCCAGGCUACAUCACUUUGUUUUACAACGUGAGCUUGGAUGUGCACAGAAAGGCAGAGUCUCCAUCGAGAUUUUACUUCUUCUCCAAUGGCACUUCUGACACAAUCACAGGGACCAUACGAGUGUACAGCAGUGGAGAGAAAUGUAGGACACACCAGGCAUUCAUGCGGAAAGAUGUGCGAGACAUCCUCACUCCUGUUCAGGUUGAGGCCUCUUAUCACCUUGGGCAUCAUGUGCUCACCAAACGAAACACAGAAGAGUUCCCGCCACUUCAGCCAAUCCUCCAGCAGAAGAAAGAAAAGGAUGUGAUUAGAAAAACGAUAAACUUUGCAAGAUUUUGUGCCCAUGAAAAUUGUUCUGCUGAUCUUCAAGUUUCUGCAAGAAUUGGAUUUUUGAAGCCAUAUGAAAAUAAAACCUAUCUUGCUGUUGGGAGCAUGAAGACCAUAAUGCUAAAUGUGUCUGUGUUCAAUGCUGGAGAUGAUGCUUAUGAAACAACCCUGAACAUCCAACUCCCCACAGGCCUAUAUUUCAUUAAAAUCUUAGAACUGGAAGAGAAACAAAUAAACUGUGAGGUGAAAGAGAGCUCUGGCAUGGUGAAACUUGCCUGCAGCCUUGGCUACAUAUAUGUGGAUCGUCUCUCAAGAGUAGAUAUUAGCUUUCUCCUGGAUGUGAGCUCACUCAGCCGGGCAGAUGAGGACCUCAGCAUCAUUGUACAGGCCUCCUGUGAAAAUGAAGAAGAAAUGGACAAGGUGAAGGAUAACAAAGUGACAUUAUCGAUACCUCUAAGGUAUGAAGUUAUGCUGACUGUUCACGGGUUUGUGAACCCAACCUCAUUUGUGUAUGGAUCAAGUGAAGAGAAUGAGCCAGAAACAUGCCUGGCAGAGAAGCUGAACUUCACUUUCCACGUUAUAAACACUGGCAUUAGCAUGGCUCCAAAUGUUAGUGUGGAAAUAAUGGUACCCAAUUCUUUUCUCCCUCAAACUGAUAAGCUCUUCAACAUUUUAGAUGUCCAGGCGACUACUGGGCAAUGCCAUUUUAAACACUAUGGAAGAGAGUGUGCAUCCGGACAGCAAAAUGGUGUAGCGGAGACCUUGACAGACAUACUCAAAUUCUUCUCAAAGACUGAUAAGAGACUCUUGUAUUGCAUGAAAGUCGAUCUACACUGUUUAGAUUUCUUAUGCAAUUUUGGGAAAAUGGAAAGUGGGAAAGAAGCCAGCGUUCACAUCCAGCUGGAAGGUCGGCCAUCCCUCUUGGAAAUGGAUGAGACUUCAUCACUCAAGUUUGAAAUAAAAGCAACAGCGUUUCCAGAGCCACACCCAAAAGUCAUUGAGCUAAAUAAGGAUGAGAACAUUGCCCAUGUUCUCUUGGAAGGGCUCCAUCACCAAAGACCCAAACGGCAUUUCACCAUCGUGAUCAUUACCAGCAGCUUGCUGCUUGGACUUAUUGUACUUUUACUAAUUUCAUGUGUUAUGUGGAAGGCUGGGUUCUUUAAAAGGCAGUACAAAUCUAUUCUACAAGAAGAAAACAGGAGAGACAGCUGGAGUUAUGUCAACAGCAAAAACAACGAUGACUGAAGACUUUUAAAUUAAGAGAACUGAACAAAGACUCAGGUAGGUUAGGGAAAGAUCCUGUUCAUAAGACCCAGGAUAAUUUCUCUUUUACCAUGUACUUGUGACAUACUAUGUCUUAAUGCAGGGAAUAAAUAUCUCCAAGAAAGAAAAUACAGAAAGGUUGCUUUCCAGCAGUCAAAUGGAUCAGCAGAGAAAAACACUAAAGCUCUUGACUUACUCAAGAGAAGUGAACUUCUGAAGAUGACUUGAAAGAAACUCCAGAUUAAGCCAGAUGGACUUAAAAGGAAUAGUCUUUCAAGGAGAUAUUGACUCCACGUGCCCACGUCAGUGAAAUAAAUGCUACAGAAUGGGCACUUGUUGGUUUCAAAUACACCUUUGAGACAUUUUCGAAGUAUGAUGAUGAUCUUUGAAGCCAUUUAGAGUUUUUCAAAAAGCUGGUUCCAGAUUUUCUAAUGGAUACAUCAUUUUACAACAGUGGAUUUGAAGAUUUUCAUUGGUGGCACAUCAUCAUUGGGCUGUGUCCCUAUGGCCCUUUUAUUCAGCAGAUACAAAUUUUUAAUGCCUGGUGAACAAUAUCCAUGCAGAGCAGGAUGGAUUCUGGACAAGUGUGGCUCCUGGACAAGCGGCCCUCUCUGGACUUGUUUUUGCAUGUAUAUACACUUUUCUAAAAGAGACAAUUAUCACUCUACUUUUUUCUUUUAUCAGGAGUGCCCAGGAAUAUUUUUUUCAAAAUUUUAUUUGUAAAACCAAUUCUUAAGAAUUUUAUCCUCAUAACAGAUUAUAAAUAUUGCACUUUAGCCUUUACAUGCUGAUACAAUAUGAACUCACUGGUGAUUUAAAACUGUGCAAAGAAAGAUUAGGGAACCAAUAUUUCAUACAACAUUCACUAUUUCAAAUUAAGCAAACAUGAAUAUCUACUAGGAUGCUUUUGUUUUUCUUUUUCUGGUUAAAUAUAUAUAUUAACCAGGACUGUAAAAAAAACAACAGUGUUAUACAUAUGGAGAAACAAGUUCAUAGACUGAACUGCAAGUCAUCAAUGAAGCUUGUAUGCAGUAACAUAAUAAAUGUGACAUCAAAUUUCCAUGAGAUAGUAUGUUUGAUGUUAAACAAGGUUCUGUUUUAAAGGGAAAUAUCUUCUACUUGGGUUUUACAUAAUCAUUUUUUGUACUAUUUAUUUCAUAUAUGUGAUUUGACAAAUAUACAUUUUCAUCUGGAUAUUAUGUGUAAGAAAGCUAUGGCCAGAUUUUGAACAUGUGUUGGAUAAAAGGGCAGCCUUCACUGUUAAGAAGAAAGAUUGCUUUACAGGAAAUCUCUGCUGCCAGCUGGCCCUUCCUCAGAUUUCCUGAUUUCAUGAGAGUUGCCUGUUCACUGCGCCUGGAGAACCAGGGUGUGCUGGGCUUUGGAAGAGAUUUUCUCAGCGAGGAAACUUGAGUAAAAGAGUGCAAGGAUCAACUCUGUGUGCACAGACAAAUAUUUAAUUAAGUGUUUUUAUUUUUAAGGGCUAUUUUUUUUGUACAAAAGUACAUAUUUAUAGUUUUCUCAUAAGAAUUAAAGUAGUUAUCUCAUGAGGAUAUCUGUGUUAAUACAUGAAGAUCAAUAUCAGUCUAGACCUAUCUUUUUAAAGGAUGGUCUCUGAAGAAAUUUAAAUUUGGAUCAUUACACUGAAAAGUGUGACCACCGAACCCCAGCCUUUCGGGUACAAAGGAACACAGCUACCUCUUGGGCCACAAUUUUGCCCAGUUAGAAAGAUACUUUAUGUAUAUUUUUAAAUAAAACUUAUUGUAAACUUAGAAAUGUACCUGUAUAAUAAGCUUAAAAAUCUUGUUACUUCAAAAGAUGACAUUUGGGGGUUGGCUUGGGGGACAAUAGCCUAAGUGGAAAGAUUUUUUUUUUUAAUUAAGUAGUGGUUCAUGGUUAUAUCACUAGCUCCUUGUAGAGUUUGAAAUUUUAUAAAAUCUAUAUUUUAUCAGGCUAUAAAAAAUUGUAAAAAAAUUAAUAACAAAAAAUAUCCUCAACAAUAUUGACAUAGCACAAUGUUGUUUAUAUUAGAUCCAACAAAUGCCUUCCAAAACUCAGAAUUUGAUUUUUCAUUGAUUUCAUAUUUUUAUCUUGAUUUUCAAAAACCUAGAUAGUAUUUCUAAUUACAUUAAGAUAGAUGUUUGAAACAGAUACUUUCAUUCAAAAAUGCAUUUUCUAUUUGUGUAUAUGUUACAUACCAUAUACCUUCAUAGUAAAUUUCUACUUUACAGAUUUUUUUUUAUAUGCAAUUACAUGCUACUUUGGAAUCAUUCAUUUCUUCCAGGCUUCCUCCAUAAAGCCUGAUCAGUCUUGGGUGCAGUCUAUAAAGAAUAAUAUAAAACUGAUUAUUUCAUUUAUCUGCCAUUGUUAUUUUUCACAUACCUCAUGAGUGUGUUACAUAAAGCACAGAUUAACAACCAACAAGCAGGACUACAAGCCAGCAAGCUGAAGGACCAAAACUCCAACAUUUGUGACCAUUCCAGAACCUUCUCGAUCACCUUUCCAGCCUGGCUAAUAUCUUUCUAUGCCUCUGUGAAGAGGCAGUUGUGAGAACAUCCCUUCUGGGGGUGCUCCAUAUACACUUCAGCCUGCUAAAACCCAGAGGGCUUACUGGGAGUGAGCGUGUAGGCUCCUACAACUGUUCAUACCCAUCAUGCACUCUUGUCAAUAUGUACAAUGUGGUUAAUGCUUUGUAAAGCUCGAAAAAAAGCCCCCAUUGCUUUAUAUGCUGUCUUGAAAAAAAAAAACAAAAAACAGGACUUGAUAAAAAAAAGCAGUGUUCAACACAGUAUUAUGGUAUUACAGCCCAGUUUGGGGGAGGGGGCUAGAAACUGUGGCACUAUAAAUAUUAUCUUUCCAAAAGGCUUAAGACUACCCUCUAAGACCAACAUUGUAAAUUGUAAACACAUUAUCAGUAUAGCUUAUGCAAAAUAAUGAUUUGCAAUGCCAGCACAAAUGCUCAUAUUUGUCUUUAUUGAACGGUAUGCGUGUCUUUUUACAGUUUGCUAACUUACUGGAUUUUAAUCUUCUAUACGGGCAGUUAAGAGGAAGAACCUCAUAUUCUGUUAGUCGCGUUAUGUCUGCUAUUCUGCACAGCGAGUGUGAAAUAGUGGGCUUACCUAAUGUGGACCUCGGAUGCAGCUUCCAUUAAGUCACCAUCUACAUUCCAAGGAAAUCCGCUUUCUGGAACAGUUGCAGGAUCCCCACCCUCCUCCUGCUGGUUGUAUCCAUUGCUUUUACCCCUGGGAUGGAUUUUUACUUCUUCAAUGGUGUAAGUCUCCACAAAGGGAAAGUUGAACUAAAUAGAACAAAUGCAAAUAACA